UUGAAUGGCUUUGCCCUGCGCAUGUAGCGUGCGAUUCCAUAUAUGCCCGACGCCAGCCGCAGGCACGCCUGCUGGGACAAAGACUCUUAGUAGGAUAGCUAGCAUACUGGUACUGCUUGUGUCCAUGUGGCAUUUGUUCUGGAAGCGUAUAAUGCAGUACAUGGUUGGUGACGGAGCCUGAGACAUCAAUACAGGCUCUGUCGCAGAUACAGUAACGGUAGCCGUCGGCAUAUGGUCAUCAGUCAUGGCAUCUGGAGCAAGGGCUUAGGGAGUUGUGCAUGCCAAUGCAACAAACGUCAAAAGUACUAAGCAUAUGGUGAACGACAAUACGGGUAGUACGAUAGUGAGAAGAAAAGAAAGUGAUGGAUGAAACACAGCUACAAAAGCAGCACAGUCCGAUUUACGCUCCUGGUUUUCGUUUACUUGCGAACGUCAAGAACAAAAUUCUGUGGGCUAUUCAAAAUGAGCAGGAUAUCAGGAGCGUACUUGAAAGGAGCCUCCAUGGCCUGCUACAGUGGCCGAUAGGUGGUCCGGAAAUGCACAGCAAUCGCAUAUGCGACAUACGCCAGCGCCAGCACGCCCAAGGGCACAAGAAUCGCCAGCAUCAAAACCAGGAUCCGUUGCUUGUGAGCGGACGAUGUGUCACAUUGCACACCAAUGCAGUCGCCUGGCUGUGGCACCCCAACGGUAGAUACUGUGCUCGUAUGCUGAUGCGUGGAACCCAAUGUAAUUGGCGAUGUCUCGACCACAAUGACAGGGCGUGUAGUCGUGCUUUCGAAAAUCCAUGCGGUGUGGGUUGCGAGAGCCAUGGCUACGGAUGACCCGGUGGCACUAGAUGCUGCUGGCUGGGGACACACGGACCACGGCACGGCAAGUAGCAGGCAGAAGAGCGAGAGCAUAGAAGCAUACAAGAAAGUUAUUAGACGACAUAAGUGCUAUGAAAGACGAUAAAUGCCAUAUGUA